AUGACACUUGCAGCCUUUGCGCUGCUGACAGCAGCAGUGCUUGCCUGGGCAGAACCCGCCUGCAAGGUGCCUCGCGCUGCUCCAACAGGCACAGCGGCAUGGACUGCUGCCCACUCGUCGGCCGCGGCCGCCGUGGCGAGAAUGUCGCAGCAGGACAAGAUCAACAUGGUCACAGGCAUCGGCUGGGAUAAAGGGCCCUGCGUCGGAAACACGGCUGCCAUCAGCUCCAUCAACUACCCCCAGCUCUGUCUCCAGGACGGACCCCUCGGCAUCCGCUUCGGGACCGGCACAACAGCCUUUACACCCGGCAUCCAAGCUGCUUCGACAUGGGACGUGGAACUGAUCCGGCAGCGCGGCGAGUACCUGGGCGCCGAGGCCCGCGGAUGUGGUGUCCACGUCCUGCUCGGACCUGUGGCCGGUGCGUUGGGCAAGAUCCCGCACGGCGGCCGCAACUGGGAGGGCUUCGGCGUGGACCCCUACCUGGCGGGCAUCGCCAUGGCCGAGACCACCGAGGGCAUUCAGUCGGCGGGUGUCCAGGCCUGCGCCAAGCACUACAUCGCCAACGAGCAGGAGCUCAAUCGCGAGACCAUGAGCAGCAACGUCGACGACCGUACCAUGCAUGAGCUGUACCUGUGGCCCUUCGCCGACGCGGUGCACUCCAACGUGGCCAGCGUCAUGUGCAGCUACAACAAGCUCAACGGGUCGUGGGCGUGCGAGAGCGACAAGGCCCAGAACGGCCUGCUCAAGAAGGAGCUCGGCUUCCAGGGGUACAUCGUCAGCGACUGGAACGCCCAGCACACGACCAACGGCGCCGCCAACAACGGCAUGGACAUGACGAUGCCUGGCAGCGACUUCAACGGCCGCAACGUGCUCUGGGGGCCCCAGCUCAACACGGCCGUCAACAACAACCAGGUCUCGCGGGCGCGCCUCGACGACAUGGCGAAGCGCAUCCUCGCCGCGUGGUACCUCCUCGGCCAGAACUCGGGCUACCCGUCCAUCAACAUCCGGGCCAACGUGCAGGGCAACCACAAGGAGAACGUGCGAGCCGUCGCGAGGGACGGCAUCGUCCUGCUCAAGAACGACGGCAUCCUCCCGCUCAAGAAACCCGCCAAGCUCGCGCUCGUCGGCUCGGCGGCCGUCGUCAACCCGCAAGGCAUGAACGCGUGCGCGGACAAGGGGUGCAACACGGGCGCGCUGGGCAUGGGCUGGGGGUCCGGGUCCGUCAACUACCCUUAUUUUGUGGCGCCCUACGACGCGCUGCGCGUCCGCGCCCAGAGCGACGGCACUACGCUCGGCCUGCACAACUCGGACAGCACCAGCGGCGUGGCAAACGUCGUGUCGGGCGCCGACGCCGCCAUCGUCGUCAUCACGGCCGACUCGGGCGAGGGGUAUAUUACGGUGGAAGGUAAUGUGGGGGACAGGCAGAACCUCGAGCCGUGGCACAACGGCAACCAGCUGGUGCAGGCGGUCGCGGCGGCCAACAAGAACACGAUUGUUGUGGUGCACAGCGUCGGACCCAUCAUUCUCGAGACCAUCCUCGCUACGCCCGGGGUGAGGGCCGUCGUGUGGGCGGGCUUGCCCAGCCAGGAGAACGGGAAUGCGCUGGUCGAUGUUCUGUACGGCCUUGUCUCGCCGUCGGGCAAGUUGGUGUACACCAUCGCCAAGAAGGCGGAAGACUACGGUACGGCGGUCGCCAGAGGAGACGAUAACUUUCGCGAGGGCUUGUAUGUCGAUUACCGCCACUUCGACAACGCCAAGAUUGAGCCGCGGUUUGAGUUUGGCUUCGGGCUUUCCUACACAAACUUCACCUACUCUGCCCUGCAGACCACCACCACCGCAACCAUCACCCCAGGCCCGGCAGGCGGCCCCACCAUUCCCGGCGGGCCUUCGGACCUCUGGGACACAGUCGCGACGGUUACGGCGACCAUCACCAACACGGGCGCCGUGGCCGGCGCCGAGGUCGCCCAGCUGUACCUUUCGCUGCCGCCGUCGGCCCCGCCCAGCCCCCCCAGGCAACUCAGAGGCUUUGCGAAGCUCAAGUUGGAGCCCGGCGCGAGCGGCACGGCGACGUUUAAGCUGCGGAGGCGGGACCUGAGCUAUUGGGAUACGGGCAGGCAGCAGUGGGUUGUGCCGUCGGGGGUGUUUGGGGUGAGUGUGGGGGCGAGUUCGAGGGAUGUUAGGUUGGAGGGGAGUCUUCAGGUGUAA